CUUAUCUGUAUUCAAAUUCAGAUUUGAUAUCAACAAGAAAAACCUAUAAUGUAGAUACUAACAAAUUGGUGAUAACUAAAACUGAAAUUGAAGAGUUGGUAAGAAAUACAAUAGCAUCUACUCAAUCUCUGCCAGGUGACAAGUUGAAACAUCCUAGUCAAAUAGAACCAGAGCGUCUUAACGACAUGGCUGGUCCAUCUACUAUACAAAUAGUAAUAGAUACAAUUACUAAAGG